AUGGCAUCUACAACCGCCGCCGUCCCCUCGGACGAAAAACAACAAAAACUCGACCUCGCCAUCACCCUCACUCUCAACACCUGGCCCGCGCUAACUCUCGCCGUGCAAUCCUCCUGGGGGGGCCAAAACUCCUCCGACAAGCGCGACUGGCUCUGCGGCGCAAUCUCAGAUAUCAUAGCCACACGCCCGGAGACGGAUUCUUACGACAUUGAAGAUAUCCUCGUGCAGGUGAUGGCGGAUGAAUUCGAUGUUGCGGUCGACGAUGGCUCGGCGGGCGUGGUUGCGGAUCAGAUUAUGACUCUCAAGGGCAAGAUUGAGUUGGGUGAUUAUGAGGAGUUGGAUAAGAUGUGGGCUGAGUAUAAGGAGAGGAUGGAGAGGAAGGGAACGGAGCAGCAGCAGGCUAUGUUUAAGCGUGUUGAGACGAAGGAUGAGGAUCAGGAGACGGACGGAGAUGAUGAUGAUGAUGACGACGACGAUGAGGAUGAGGAUGAGGAGAUGGGCGAUGCGCCUGCGCUGGUCUCGAGACCGCCUAGAGAAAGGGUUGAGCCAGAGGUUGACGAGGAUGGAUUUACCAAGGUUGUGGGUAAGAAGAAGCGGUAG